AUGUCAUCACGAUUAAUUGAUAAAAUUCGAAAUAUGGAAGUACCAGAAGAUGGAAAUAAUUCCAUAAAUGUUAUGUUGGGGGUUAUUAAUAUUUUUUUUUUUGGGUUUGGUAUGAUAGCUAUAGGUAUAAUAAAUAAAGAUCCUGAUGAUUUAAUAAUUGGCAUAUUACAAUUACUUGUACCUUUAGUUGGAUGGAUAUGGGCAAUUUUAUGGGGUAUACUAAUUAUUAUUAAAAAUUCAAAAUAA